AUGCGCUUGCUACCAGCCGCAACCUUGACACACGUCGGGCCGUCGGACUCAUUGGCGUCUAGCCCGGCUCGACAACCCCCGUCGUUGGACGACGACAACUCGACCGAUGACGAGUUUGACAUGCCGUUACUUGAACGCAAUCCCCUAACUUAUUUCCUUACACCCCCUGAUCCUCUAAAUGAGGAACCCGAAUUUGAAUUCGAUUUCGAUGCCGGAAUCGAAGACUCGAACCAUCCACCGGAGAUCGUCCGCAGUAUAAGCCCGUCAACGCUCGACGGCCUCAAGCGAUACAAACCCAAGAACAAAACUGAAUGCGCCAUCGUUGACGAUGGUGACAUGGACAUUGACGACGACGACGACGACGAUGAGGACUACAUCCGGUUCACGCCCCACAACAGCCUGAACAAGGGUGGCUUCCCGUUCGACCUCCCUGACGUCGGCUUCGACCGGCCCAAACCAGCCGGUGUAACGCAAACCAGGACGACGGAAGCGCUGCUCUCACCGUCGGCGUUCCACAUCGGCUCGCCGCGGGGUCGGCCGGCCAAGCGGUUCUCACCGCCUCCUCCUCCCCUUCCCCCUUCCUCUACCGCUUAUUAUCCACCACACCGGCGUCCCGCCUUCCCCCGGGGAAGGACCCGCAGCGCACCCCUGCUUCGUCGCCAUCACUCAUGGCGCGAGCCCUCUCCCGACGUCUGGGCCAUUGAGGAGGAGCCCGAAAAGGAGACCAUGAGCGAGAUGGGCUUCAGUGCGGAGGACUUAUUACACUACGAUCGCGACAAAACAAUGCCUAUAGAUAUCCCGGCUGCGAAGCCAAAGAAGAAGGUUAGGUUCAUCUUACCAGUCGAUACGGACUGA